GGAAGGCAGGGUACACCCUGGACAAGUCGCAACCAUUCACAUGUUAAAGCGACGCCUGGGCGAGACAUUGUUUUUCAGGAAGUAACACAUCCCUUUCUAUUUUUGGAAGAUGCCACCGUUAAUAAAAUAUGACUGGGGGGAAAAAAACUUCCGGUAAAUUAAGCUCAGUUAAUGACUACUAUUUAGUUACGGUAUUGUAUUGUAAACAAUUAACAUGUUUUAUUUAACACAAGACCAUAACUUCAGGAGCUAAUGUUAGCAUAUUAGCCUUAGUUAACAUCCAUCCAUCCAUUUUUACCGCUUGUCCCUUUUGGUCGCGGGGGGUGCCAUUUAUUGAUUUAAAAACAUGCAAUAUUUCUGAACUAUAUAUGAUUAAAUACGGUUGAAUUUAAAACCACUGAAGACUGUUUGGAUGAUAUGUAUGUAUUAUACUACUACUUUGCAAAAGUCCUGAGCCAUUUAAUUUGCUGUUUUAGCAAUGCUAUAAUUGCUAAUUAUAAGUAUUAUUACUAAUUAUAAGUAUAGAUUCAAUUUAGUAAAAUAUGAUUCAAUAUUAUUGUUUAAUUUGUCCUAAUAUGCCUGCAACCCUGUGAUGAGGUGGCGACUUGUCCAGGGUGUACCCCGCCUACCGGCCGAAAGCAGUUGAGAUAAGCUCCAGCACCCCCCGACCCAGAAAGGGACAAGCGGUACAAAAUGGAUGGAUGGAUGGAUGCCUGCAACCUCUAUGCUGAUGAAAUGGUGAAGAGGAGGAGGAGACUGUUAUUGGUAAGAUUGCCCUUGGUCUUGAUGAGAUGCUGCAGGGAGGAUGCUGAAUGAGCGCAAGGAGGAGAGCAUCCUCUCUUGUGAUGCUUGACCUCAAGAACUGCAUGGAGCUACAAUAGGGGGCUUUCGCUGGGGUGGAGAAAACGGGGCAGUGCUUUCCAGAGGCGAGGAGGAGGAGGAGGCUAUUUGUCAAAGGCAGGAGGAGAGAGCGACGCCAGCAUCUGCGAGCAUCACUUCUCUGCAUGGACGACACUCAGAGCAGCUUUGUGAUGCCCGAGGGACCCUUUGUUGCGUGGUGAUGCGAUGCCGAGAGUUGGGGGGGCAGCCGCUUCUCUCGCACUGCUGCUGUUGUUGCCGCUGCUGCGUUGUUGCCACCUGUGCCACUCACUGCGUGUUCCCAAACUUUCCUCCUAUGCAAAAGCGGAAGACAAGCUGUUCAAAUACCUCUUUGGGAACUACCAGAAAUGGGUUCGCCCCGUGGAAUAUCUGAAUCAGACCAUAUGCGUGAAGUUUGGACUGGCCAUCUCCCAGCUAGUGGAUGUGGAUGAAAAGAACCAGUUGAUGACUACUAAUGUGUGGAUGAAACAGGAGUGGACUGACAUGAAGCUAAGAUGGGACCCUGAUGACUAUUUGGGCAUCACAGCGAUACGAGUGCCCUCUGACAGGAUUUGGCUCCCAGAUGUUGUACUGUAUGAUAAUUCGGAUGGUCGUUUCGAGGGUACUGUCACCAAAGUGGUGGUCAAAUACGACGGAACCAUAACGUGGACGCCACCUGCUAAUUACAAAUCUGCGUGCACCAUCGACGUCACCUUCUUCCCGUUUGACCUGCAGAACUGUUCCAUGAAAUUUGGCUCAUGGACCUACGAUGGGUCACAGGUGGACAUCAUUUUGGAGGACUUCCAUGUAGACAGGCAGGACUAUUUUGACAAUGGCGAGUGGGAGAUUGUUAAGGCCACGGGCAGCCGCGGUAUAAGGAUGGAUGGCAGCGCUUCAUAUCCCACCAUUAGCUAUUUCUUCAUCAUCCGCAGGCUGCCUCUUUUCUACACCCUCUUCCUCAUCAUCCCUUGCAUUGGUCUGUCCUUCCUUACCAUCCUCGUCUUCUAUCUACCCUCCAACUGCGGCGAGAAGAUCUCCCUCUGCACCUCCGUGCUGGUGUCGCUCACCGUCUUCCUUUUGGUCAUCGAGGAAAUCAUCCCCUCCUCCUCCAAAGCCAUCCCGCUCAUCGGCGAGUACUUAGUCUUCACCAUGAUCUUUGUCACGCUCUCUAUCGUCAUCACCGUCUUUGCCAUUAACGUCCACCAUCGCUCGUCGUCAACACAUCACGGCAUGGCGCCCUGGGUCAGGAAGAUUUUCCUGCAUCAGCUGCCGAAGCUUCUGUGCAUGCGCAGCCAUGUGGAUCGCUACGGCACGGCGGAAACAACACGCACGGGAAGAACCCUGGGAAUGGGAAUGAUGAAGGACUCUGCAGCUGAGGUCAACUCUCACUCCCAUACCAGGCACAACAUCCAAGCUGCACUGGAUUCUAUUCGCUACAUAACAAUGCAUGUGGUGAAGGAAAAUAAGGUCAGGGAGGUGGUACAGGACUGGAAGUUUGUCGCCCAGGUUCUGGAUCGAAUAUUUCUUUGGGCGUUCUUGCUAGUGUCCAUCCUGGGAUCAGCUCUCCUAUUCAUCCCGGUUAUCUACAGAUGGGCCAGCAUCAUCGUCCCUAACUAUGUCGGAGGUACCCUCUGAAGGUUACCUGAUAUGGAGGUGAGGCGUAUCAGCAGCUAAGGUCCACAUUUUGAUAGGAAAAUCUCCCAUAAAUAAUUUGUCUAUUCAUGUAUCCUAUUUUAAAAUACUAUACAAUGGACAUCAUAUAAAAAAACUUUAAAACAAAAAUGUAACCAAAGUAUAACAGUCCUACAUUAAAAGGUAAACCACAACACAAGCAUGUUUUGAUGCAUACUUUCCAUGAAUGAUAAAGCAAAAAAAUUCCCUUGAGGCCUUACAAAAAACAGGCCUCAGGUUUGCCAUUUAUAUUCAUCAUUAUGCUAAUCCCCUCCCUACAGGCAACAAAGUCGGUUGAGUGUGCAGCCAUGAGCAUGCAGUUAAUCACAAAUCCGCAUUGUGCAGCAAGUAUAAACAUGUUUCUUGAAGCAACUGGAACACUUAAUAAAGAGACAUUCACACUACUGGACACUCUAAGACAGGGGUGUUCAAACUUUUUCCUCCACGGGAUGCAUACUGAAAAUUCAGCGUAUGCAGGGGCCAUUUUGAAAUUAUUUUUUUGGUAAAAAAGAAAACCAGGCACAUAUUUUUAAAGACAAAACUUUGUCAGAUUUGUGUUAUCAGUGACAAAGUAUAAUAUAAAUAAUUAAUAUUAACAAAAUGUAAAUUUUAUUAAAUAUUUUUGCUCUUUUUUUCUUACAUUUUUAUAGCUUGUUUUCCCUACAAUAGCCCCCUCCUGUAAGAAUAGAAUAAUAACAAUGGUAUUACAAUUGUAUAACUGCAUAGCAUAGUGUGUCAAAAAUUAUGUCCAUAAAAGUUGUAAACAGAAUCGGUGAUAGGCGGGGUCCAACCUUCACUGUAAACAGGUCUGACUUACUGCGGGCAAUGUGGACCAAGUUCUGACACUGAUCAUACAGGGAGCGGACUGCCACAAUCAGUCAG